UUGCUUGCAGCAGCAGCAGCAGCAGCGGAGGCCUGUCGAUGUAGCAGUGACGGUGGUCGUCAGUCGUAAUCACUGCCACUAAUAAUGUGUGCAGUGCAUCACCCACCACCACGUCCACCACCACCUCCUCCUCCGAGCCGCUCUAAAAACCGUUAACUGUCCCCGGUUCGAUCCCACCUCUUAUUACCGCGAGAGAAAAAGGGUGUGUGGGAGAGAUGAGGACUCUGUAGUGAAGCUCUAGAAAGCAUGAUGAUCCAUGGCGGUCGUUGCCGCGACUACUGUCGUCGAGUCUCGACUUCGAUUCCAUCCUAAUCUUUCUUCUGCUUCUGCUUCUUUCUCUCUCACAAACCGUCGUUUCUCUCUCUUUCUUCCUUUCCACUUUUCCUUGGGGCAUUCGUUCAUUCCUCUUCGUUUGAGCCCCUGUUCUUGAGAGCAAUAAAGGGGCAACCUUGUUCGCUGCUAACGCUCGUAGGUUCUGGAGAGGGAGAGGGGAGCCUUGAUCGCUGCAACUUUCUUGGAAGUGGGUUGUUGAGGAAGUCGCAGGUUUUGUGGUCUUCUUGAACCGACCCCCUCCUCUCGGCAGUAAGGAAACGACCUUCGUCGCCGUUGGUCGUGGUGGGUUCUUGAGAACGUCGCAAAUCUUGUGGCCUUCUUGAACCGUCCCCGCGCCUUGUUCUUGAGAAAGAGUACAGUUGUGUUCUUGAGGAAGUCGCAGGGUCUCGUGGCCUUCUUGAAUCCUCGCUGCCUUGUUCUCGAGGGAAAGAGGAACCUCGUUUGCCGCAUUUCGAUCGCUGGUUUUGGUGUGGGUUCUCGAGGAAAGGUCGGGAUGGAGAACGGUGAGCAUUGUUGCGUCAAGGUCGCCGUCCACAUCCGGCCGCUCGUCGGGGACGAGCGGCUGCAGAAUUGCAAGGAGUGUGUCACCGUCGUCCCUGGGAAGCCGCAGGUGCAAAUAGGAACCCAUUCUUUUACCUUCGAUCAUGUCUACGGGGGUACGGGUUCUCCAACAUCAGCCAUGUUUGAAGAAUGUGUUGCUUCACUGGUUGAUGGUUUGUUUCAAGGAUAUAAUGCUACUGUUCUCGCAUAUGGCCAGACGGGGUCAGGGAAGACAUACACCAUGGGGACUGGAUGCAGAGAUGGUUCCCAUACUGGGAUUAUCCCACUAGUUAUGAAUGCACUAUUUAGCAAGAUUGAUGCCUUGAAGCAUCAAGUGGAAUUCCAAUUGCGUGUCUCAUUCAUUGAGAUUUUGAAGGAAGAAGUGAGAGACUUGCUAGAUUCUGCAACUGUUGGCAAACUUGAGGCUUGUAAUGGACAAGUAGGGAAGGCGGCAAUACCUGGGAAACCUCCUGUACAUAUACGUGAGGGUUCAAACGGUGUAAUAACACUUUCUGGGUCCACUGAAAUUGAUGUUAGCACUCGAAAGGAAAUGACUGGAUGUCUAGAGCAAGGUUCAUCGAAUCGUGCAACUGGAAGCACAAACAUGAACAACCAGUCAAGUCGUUCCCAUGCCAUCUUCACAAUCACAUUGGAGCAGAUGCGCAAACUUGGCCCAAUUUCCACUGCUGACAGUGCUCCUAUUGGGGAUAUAACUGAUGAUUAUCUUUGUGCAAAGCUCCAUUUGGUAGAUCUUGCUGGAUCAGAGCGUGCUAAGAGAACAGGUUCAGAUGGUCUCCGAUUUAAAGAAGGGGUUCAUAUCAACAAGGGUCUCUUAGCUCUUGGCAAUGUCAUAAGUGCUCUUGGAGAUGAGAAAAAGCGUAAAGAAGGUGCCCAUGUUCCUUAUCGUGAUAGCAAACUUACUCGACUCUUGCAGGACUCUCUUGGUGGAAAUAGCAGGACUGUAAUGAUAGCCUGUAUCAGCCCAGCUGAUAUCAAUGCAGAGGAAACACUCAACACAUUGAAGUAUGCUAACCGUGCUCGCAAUAUUGAGAAUAAGCCCAUUGUCAACAGGAACCCAAUAUCAGAUGAGAUUCUAAGGAUGCACCAACAUAUCGAAUACUUGCAAGCAGAGCUAGCCUGUUCUCGUGGUGUAGGAACUGAAUCUGAUGAAGUCCAGACUCUUAAAGAGAGAAUCUCUUGGCUGGAAGCUACCAAUGAAGAUCUUUGUAGGAAACUCUGCGAGUACCACGGUCAACAAGCUAGUGAGCAUUUCGAAAGAGAUUUUCAAAAAGGUAGAACCUGCUUUGUGAAAGCAGAAGGGCUGAAGAGGAGCUUGCAAAGCACAGAAAGCUUACAUUUCCAGCUGGCUAAGAACCUCGGAGGUGAUAGUUUGAAGGAAUUUGAUGAAGAAAUAGCCAAAGAAUGGGAAUACGAAAUGUUGCAAGACUCCAUGGGCAAGGAGUUGAAUGAGUUAAAUAGGCAACUGGAGCAGAAAGAGUCUGAGAUGAAAACUUUUGGGGGAUGUGACACUCUUGUUCUCAAGCAACACUUUGGAAAGAAGCUCAUGGAGUUUGAGGAAGAAAAAAGAACAGUGCAGCAAGAGAGAGACAGGCUGUUAUCUGAAGUGGAAAACCUUUCUGCUAACUCUGAUGGACAAAUGCACAAAUUGCCAGAUGACUACCUGCAGAAAUUAAAGACCCUAGAAGCACAGAUUAUAAAUCUCAAGAAGAAACAAGAGAACCAAGUUCAACUUCUAAAGCAAAAGCAAAGGAGUGAUGAAGCAGCAAAGAAGCUGCAAGAUGAAAUACAAUUCAUUAAGGCUCAGAAGGUUCAAUUGCAACAUAAGAUAAAACAAGAGGCAGAACAGUUUCGGCAGUGGAAGGCUUCUCGUGAGAAGGAACUUCUACAGUUAAGGAAAGAGGGAAGGAGAAAUGAGUAUGAACGUCGGAAACUGCAAGCAUUAAAUCAGCGACAAAAAAUGGUUCUUCAGAGGAAGACAGAAGAGGCUGCAAUGGCUACCAAGAAGUUGAAAGAGUUGCUAGAAGCUCGAAAAUCCUCAGCACGAGAAAACCCUGUCAUUGCUAUUGGUAAUUCAGCAAUAAUUCAGAUCAAUGAGAAGUCCUUGCAACAGUGGCUUGAUCAUGAGGUUGAAGUUUUGGUACAUAUGCAUGAAGUUAGGGAUGAAUAUGAGAAACAAUGUCAAAUGAGAUCGACCUUGGCAGAGGAGCUUUCUUUUUUUAAGCAAGAGGAAGCUUUGUCUGGGAGUGCUAGUCCUCCAAGAGGAAAGAACGGAAGUUCUAGGUUAUCGUCUAUGACCCCUAAUGCACGAUUAGCGAGAAUUGCUUCACUAGAGAACAUGGUGACCAUCUCAUCGAAUACACUUAUAGCAAUGGCUUCCCAGCUUUCGGAGGCGGAGGAACGUGAACAUACAUUUGCAGGACGUGGAAGGUGGAACCAAUUGCGGUCCAUAGGAGAUGCAAAGUGCCUGCUCCAGUACAUGUUUAAUGUUGCUGCAGAUGCAAGAUGCCAACUAAGGGAGAAGGAACUUCAUAUCAAGGAACUAAAAGAGCAAUUGAAUGAGCUCAUCGGUCUUCUUCGACACAGUGAAGCACAGAGAAAAGAAAUGGAGAAAGAGCAAAAAUUGAGAGAGCAUGCUAUUGCAAUUGCACUAGCCACAUCAUCUCCGAUGAAUUCAAAUGGUUCACUGAAGCAUUGCAUAGAUGAAACGGGAACCCCUCUGUCUCCUAUAGCAGUUCCAGCACAGAAACAACUGAAGUACACUGCUGGCAUCGUAAGUAGCCCCGGCAAUGGGACUGCAGCAUUUAACAAUCACCCAAUGAAGAAGAUGGUCCCGAUCGGGCAUUUAUCGAUGGGGAAGAAACUGGCAGUCAUAGCACAAGGAGGAAAGCUUUGGAGAUGGAAAAGAAGUCAUCAUCAGUGGCUGCUGCAAUUCAAGUGGAAAUGGCAGAAACCAUGGAGAUUGUCCGAGUGGAUCCGUCAUAGUGAUGAAACACUAACGAGGGCUACGAGGCCUAGAACCCAUCAUCCUCUUCGGAAUAUAAUGUGAUACAAAAGAGCACAAUUAAUGUCAGAACCAAAUCAACCCAUAGCAACAGCACAAUUAAUUCUCGAGUUUUC